AAGAAGUUUAUUUUAUCGUGGUAAUGGUUGGUGUUUUGUUGAUGUCUGCUCAUGUGUGGAUUUGUACACGUUUGAUCAUUCUGAAUGUAAUCGAAGAAGUGUCUUUUUAUUCUCCGUGACGACGUCGUCUUUAUACCACAACAGCAACAUAAGUUCUGAAAUGUAAAUUUAUACUUUAGUUUCAAAGUGAAGCUUGUAACGAAAGUGAGAGGAUUAUGGUUCAGUCAGUGAAUUAUCAAGUGAGAACGUAUAAAUAUAUCAAGACAUCUGUUCCGUCGUCUUACACCUCAAUGUUCAGCACAGAAAUGGGGCAAGACAUUAGCGUUUACAGAGAAUCUUGUUUUGUUGUAAGCUGGCGGGUGCGAAUUUCCCCUCGACGCAAGUAGCAGUUGGUGGUGGUACAGCCAUCAAGAUGAUGAAUCCUCGUGACGAUUACAGGAAGACCAUCAUUGGAGCCCAACCGGGGGAUUCUGUCUCGGAGGAAUCUGAUGGCGAUUCUGGAGUAUGUGGCACAAUCCUCAUGGGACUGUCCUGGGUUCUCAUCAUCUUUACCCUGCCGUUCUCACUCUGCGUGUGUUUCAAGGUGGUGCAGGAAUAUGAACGAGCUGUGAUAUUUCGUCUGGGUCGACUCAUGUCUGGGGGUGCUAAGGGACCAGGCAUUUUCUUUAUCUUGCCCUGCAUCGACGCCUAUGCUAGGGUAGACCUUCGCACCCGUACCUACGACGUCCCUCCCCAGGAGGUGCUCACAAAAGACAGUGUCACUGUGUCGGUGGAUGCUGUGGUAUACUAUCGCGUGUCCAAUGCCACCAUCUCGGUGGCCAACGUGGAGAAUGCACAUCACUCAACUCGUUUACUGGCACAGACCACCCUAAGGAACACACUCGGGAUGCGACCCUUGCACGAGAUCCUUAGUGACAGGGACACGAUUUCCAGCAGCAUGCAGAUCACACUGGAUGGAGCAACGGAUGCCUGGGGCAUCAAGGUGGAGCGUGUUGAGAUCAAAGAUGUUCGUUUACCUGUGCAACUCCAGAGGGCAAUGGCAGCCGAAGCCGAGGCUGCAAGAGAGGCUCGUGCGAAGGUGAUUGCUGCUGAAGGUGAACAGAGAGCCUCACGGGCUCUGCGUGAGGCCGCAGAGGUUAUUGGAGAUUCUCCAGCUGCUCUACAACUGCGCUAUCUCCAGACUCUGAACACCAUCUCAGCAGAGAAGAACUCCACCAUUGUAUUCCCUCUACCAAUUGACCUCCUCACGUACUUUGUGAAGGCUCGGGAAGCUUCAUCCAAAUAGUAAAUAUAUUUUUAUUAAUCUUCAGCACUGAUUUCAAAGCACAAUGUCACAAAUAAUCAUGGCUGAGGUAUCACAAGGUGUACAAGAACAAAUGCAAUCUUUUUGGGAGUGCAUAUUGAAAGUGAUUUAUUAAAUGUGAAAACAUAUUUAUAAAUGUUUUAUUUCACAAACUAAUCACAGUUGUAGUGUUCAGACUUUCUUUCAGUUUCUUUGUGUCAAUGUAAAAUUUAAAACAAAUGACUUAAUCUACGUUCCCAACUAGUCUUUCAGCUGACUUUGAUGGUCCAACACCUUCGUGUUUUUUGUAAUUACAUUUUUGUAACGGACACGUGUAGUAGCUGUCCCUCUAUGAUAAAACAGACUAGUGAAUCUAAGUGGAAUGCUCAAAGAUUUUACUGUGUCUGUCAGUAUUUAUUGUAUUAUCCACCGGCAUAAAAAAGGCAAGACUUUUUAUAUGAUGGAUUGCCUUUUUCAUUAACUGUCCAAGGCUGUGCUUAUAGUAAAUAUGGGUGAAAUUUUGACGACAGGAUGUCGCUGUAAUGCAGUUGCCGAUAUCUUGGAAGCAACAACAAAAACAAAUUAACAUUAUUAUUUUUAUUAUAUUGUGUAGUGAACUGAAAUUUGGUAAUAAUAUAAUUAAUUAAAAUGCAAGUGUUGCAUUUGAAUGCAGAUUACAUUCAGUUUAGUUCUUACAGUCUGUUAUAAGCUGGUACAAUAAACAUAUUGGUAUUUUAA